UGGAUGAAUUAUUAAUACAUUUGUAAAACGUAAGUUUUUACAAUCCAGAAAUAAUGGAGGACUGGAACAAAAUUUUAAUUGGCCCUGCAGAAAUAAUCAGAGGUCGCUUGUAUUUUGUCACUGUGUCAUCACCGGAUAAAGCCAAAUGUACGGCAAAUACUCACUACUUUAGUAUUGAGAAUGAGCUGUUGUAUGAAAACUUUUAUGCAGAUUUUGGACCCUUGAAUCUUGCCAUGGUCUACCGUUACUGUUUAAAAGUUGAUAAAAAGUUGAAGGCUGUUUCUUUAAGUAAAAAAAGAAUUGUCCAUUAUACAACAAUGAAUCCUGAGAAACGAGUGAAUGCAGCAUUUCUUAUUGCUUGUUAUGCGAUAAUAUAUUUAAAAUGGACUGCUGAAGAAGCUUACAAGUGUCUAACAUCCAGUCCAAACUGUCCAAAUUUUCAAUUGUUUCGCGAUGCUUCCAUGGGCGAACCCCGUUAUUAUAUUUCAUUGGAAAAUUGUAUCAACGCAAUAUACAAAUGCCAUCAGUUAGGUUUUUUUAAUUUUCAUGACUUUAACCUUAAGGAGUAUGAACAUUUGGAGCGUGUUGAAAAUGGAGAUUUAAAUUGGAUACUUCCUGGCAAAUUUAUUGCCUUCUGUGGACCUCAUUCGAGUAAUCAAAUUGAAAAUGGUUACAUGCUACAUGCUCCAGAAUCAUAUUUUAAAUAUUUUCGAUAUUACAAUGUAACUACCAUUGUAAGGCUUAACAAAAAACGUUACGAUGCCGCAACUUUUUUGGAAGCAGGCUUUGAUCACAAAGAUUUAUUUUUUAUUGACGGAUCCUCACCGACUCUCUCAAUUGUGAGGCAGUUUUUGAAAAUUUCUGAAAAAACUAAUGGAGCUGUUGCUGUUCAUUGUAAAGCUGGACUUGGAAGAACGGGCACUUUAAUUGCUUGUUAUAUAAUGAAACAUUAUCAUUUAUCAGCCCUGGAAUCUAUUGCGUGGAUUAGAAUUUGCAGACCUGGAUCUGUCAUUGGACAUCAACAAGAAUGGUUACAAGACAAAGAAGAUUAUUUACACUCCUUAUUAAAAGAGCCUUUGCGUUCUGAGAAUGGAAAUCCCGUUCACGAAUAUGGAAUUUAUUCGAAAGCUGCAAAUGUGUUUGAUAUGCCCCCAAUUGGGUUACUGGAUACACGUCUUUUACAGGAUAAUGUAUCAGGUAUCAUGCACAGAGUUGAUGGAAUUAAAUUGGAAGAUAAUAUUCCUCAAACUCCAAAAGCAUCAGUAGGAUUAUCAGUUUUAACUCAGGGUGACAAGUUAAAUCAAAUUAAAACAAGAAGAACCUUAUCUCCGAAUUCUAAUAUUGGUGAAAAUUCAACAUCCUCGUUAGCUGUAGUUCAUCCAUAUUUGGGGCCUUUACUACAAAGCAGAGGUCAAAAAGGUUUUAACUCCAUAAUUGCAAUCAAGGAAAAAGACGGUACUAAGCGUGUCGUAACUCGAUCAGCCUCAACGGCAAUCUUUAAAAGAAACGGUAACGAGACAACGUCCUACAGGUGUCAUAUUCCCAAACCAGCUCCGACUCGCAACAUCCAUAACAACAAUAAUACAAGCACCGCCACCAUCACUACUAUCAACAAUGACAGCACGAAAACCACCCCGAAUCCAAUAAUAACUACUACUAAGUCAUCGGUUGUAGCAAGGGCGACCUGCUCGCCGAAUCUACUGGGAAGCAAUCGCUCGCUUCGCAAUAAGCAAUCGCAAGUUGCUGGGGCUAAUACUGUAGUCCGACACUGGUCUCUCAGGCAAAAUAACCCAACGCACUCCGACCUGUCAAAGGCAAACGUCAAGUCCGUGGCAAAGUACUCGGGGGACGUAACCUUCCUGGAUGGCGCGAGGGCUGACGAUGGAAGCCCUGCGCACGCAGCCCCCAAGGCGACGAGGAGCAGCAGCUUGAGGUCGGGCGGAGCUGCGGAGGCGGCCGCCUCCUCGGCGACCUCGCAGUUCCCCAGCGGGCCGAGUCUCAUACUGCGCUCGGCCGACCGACUCGCCCGGACCCACAACAUCAGGAUGUAAGUUAGCGCCUCCGUGUCAGUGCCCCGCGUCUCUCAGCAGCGGCGCAAGUCUCGCCGCGUGAACCCCAUCAUCAAGUAGAGUAAUACGCACCCACGCACCACCCGAUGACGGCGACGGCGGUUAAGCGCUCGCCAGGGCGGUGAGAGGCCGCACCCCAACGCCCCGGCAUCCCGACGUCCUCCUCAUUCAUAUGCACUUGUUAUGGACACUAAUGCGAUUAACGCACGCACGCACGCCAGCUCUCGCGAGGAUGGAUGAUUACGAGCUAUCUCCUAUCAUCUCCGUAUG